CGUCGUGCCGCUGGCGCGAAAUCGUUGCCGCGCUGAAUAAUUCUCAAUCUGAACCGUAACCGCGGGCUUUUUGAAGAAUCCCAAUAAAGUCUCCCAUCCCAUCUCCAGCGUCGCAUUUUCCAUUCCCAGGGGCAAGUCACGCUUUUUUUAUUUUUAUUUAAAGAGAUAUCUAUGCCGCUCAGGUAGCAAAGCGAGAACGCUGCGCCCGCGAGCCGCACCAUGUCGUCGGCUCUCAGGGCAGCCCUAUCAAAGGCCGCGAGCCCUGGCCGACUAAUACCCCGGCCAUCAGCACAUGUCCCAGCCUGGACUGUGUCGGCCGCGUCGAGAAGGACCGUCUCCAACGGGAAGCACAGUGCCGCCGAUGAGCAGGCCCAGCCCCUGGGCCGGUACUACGAGCUCCUUCUGGACGACCCUCUACCGUACCGGCCUGUAAAGCCCAAAGCAGACAGUCCGCCCGCGCUCGCAUCCUCCGCGCCGCCGCCAGGGCCAGACAGCCCAGAGCGCGGCGGAGCCCCUCCUGAGCCGAAUCCAGACCCAGAGGCGGCGGCGCCGCCGCAGCAGGAGACGUCGCCGCCCAGGCCCGGGAUCGUCUUCGGCUCCAGCCUGGCGGGGCCCGCGGCGCGCGCCGAGCGGCUGGCGGCGGUGCGGUCGCGCAGCGUCGAGGUGGCGGGGGUGCUGGUGCCGCCCAGGCCCGAGGAGCCCGACAACUGCUGCAUGAGCGGCUGCGUCAACUGCGUCUGGGACCGGUACCGCGAGGAGAUGGAGGAGUGGGCGACGGCGAGCGCCGAGGCCGACGCCCGCCUGCUGGCGCAGAAGGAGCAGCAGCAGCAGGGCGCGGGCGCAGGUGAGCUAGCCGGUAUGGCGACGGCAGAGGUGGGGACACCCGUGGCUGCUGCGGCCGCGUCGAAGCCCAGACAGCAGGUGACAGGGGCCGUUAGCAUGGACGACGACGGGGGAGGGUCAGACACGAACUGGGCGCCGGCGGAGAAGUCGCCCAAGAUCGCCAAAGACCUCUGGGACGAUGGUCUGUACAGCAACGUCCCCGUGGGCAUCAGGGAGUUUAUGAAGCAAGAGAAGAGGCUAAAGGAGAAGCAUAGAUUAGAGGGAACGUCUGGCGGGUGAGCUUAUUGAACCAUCAAAUUCCUAGCCUCCCUGUCCUGCACUUGGGCUGCAACACCGAAACUAGCGCCAGGCCUUCAACUGGUUCUAAUGGAGAUAGGGGGGUUGUCGUAUAUCUCUGGGCAACGACUUGGAAUAAUUCCUUCGCCGUGUCAUAUGUCAAAAUCACGGGCCACCUCGAUCAGAAGACACCGAUCAAGUCAGGUUCAAGUAGCAUAUGGAAGGAUAGUGGAGUAUUACACGAUUUGUAUUGUUUUGUCGUAAAUCAUCGUUUCUAUAUUCAUAGUGGGAAUUGCACCGUAUGCAGCCAUCCAACCCCGAACCAGUUGUCGGAUUUCGAGCUUGGUCCUUUGGGUAGCAUAUAGACAUGCCAGGACCGUUGGACC